AGGCGGAGGCCUCUUACUUGGAGUCUCAGAAGGAGUACCAGCGCGCAGCUGCAGCUUGGAAGGCGAAGGAGGCCGAGGAGCAGCAAUCCGUCGACCAGCUGCAGGGCUUUGUGGACCAGUUCCGCAUGAGUGGCAUAGAAUCCAAGGCAGCGACCUACGCAGCGGAGGCGGAGUCCCACGCCAAGCGUGCUGAGGAGGCUGGCCGCAUGGCCAGAAAGUACUCAACUGUGGCAGAACGGAUCACACAAGCUGUCCCCACGAUCAGGAAGAUGGAAGACAUGGCGGCCGCUCGCGCCACGUGGGUGGAGCAACCCUUGCCGCAGACGGAGCCCCACGAGUUGGUGAGCGUGACCAUCGCGCCUCCACUGGCUGAACCUUGACCUGGCUUGAUCGGAGACGGCACUUGACCGAAGAGCGAGUUGCAGGUCCUCGUGGCAGAGGUCAACCAUUUACAGUAACACCUCCAUCGAGGCACUUGCCAGAGCCAGAGUAGUUCGCAUCCAUGUUUCACCCGCCCACGCGGUCCUCGUCG